CAUUUUGGAAUAAUAUAUAAUUUAGUAAAAACAUAAAAAAACGAAAUAGAUAAUUAGUAAAAAAGAGAAAAUUAUAAUAUUAUAAUAUAAAAAGAGAUAAUUAUAUAUAAAUUAAGUAUUAUUAUUUAUAUGAACAGAAAUAAGAAAAAUAUGAAAGACGUAAUAAUUGAUAAGAUUAUGACAAAAAUCUUAAUAUGGACACCAAGAACUCAAUAUGCUUCGCUCGCACCUUUGAUUAUAAUCAAUGAAAUAUUUAGUUUACGUAUAUUUGAAUCAAAAGGAAAUUUACGAUAUGGCUAUAGUAUAAUAUAUGCCGGUAUAGGCAUCAUUCUAUGUAUUAUUUAUCUUUAUACAGCAUUGAGAAGGAAUUACGAAGAUUGGCCUGCAUAUGCAGAGAUCACUUUUAAAUUUUUUUUAUUCAUUAUUGUCACAGUUGUUAUGAUUUUUAUAAUUCUUGGAAUGAUGAAUACAAAACAUUCAAGAAUAAUUAUUGCGAGAUGUGAAGAAAUAGACAAUACUUUAGAAUCAUUCGGUAUUAAAAAAAAUUAUAGGAAAACUUUUCUUUUUGUCACACAAUCAUUAAUUAUAUGGAGCACAAUGAUGUCAAGCCUUUGUUUGUUAAAUAUAUAUUGGUUCACAUAUGAAAAUGCGUAUAUUUUAAUAUACAUGCCAAUUACAAUUAUUUAUUUGGAGAUUUUUACUUUUGUUAUAUUCGUAAGUAUUUUAAUAGAUAAAUUGCACAAAAUGAAUGUGAUUAUAAAAAAAGUGUAUGAAUUAUCGAAUAUAAAUGAUAUUAAAAUAAGAUAUAAAAUACAAUCACACAUUGCAUAUAAGUUUAUACUUGUAAUGGAUUAUCAUAAUACAAAACAUUUUACUCGGCAUUUUCUCCAACUUAUGAGAUAUAUGCAUUUUGAGAUUCUUAAACUUUCACAUGAACUUAAUCGUGCCUAUACUUAUCAAAUUUUGUUAGACUUAGCAGUGCAUUUUACAUUAAUAACGUGUGGACUUUAUAAUAUAUAUUUUUCCUUUACAUUAAAGUUAACAGAUUUGUUAACAAAUAAAGAAAAUUUAUUAUUUCUAUUAUGGAUUUUUAUAAGUUCAGCAAAAACUAUUUUUUUAAAUAAUCAUUGUAAUAAUUACUAUCAUGAGGUAGAAAUAACAGCACAUUUGCUUCGAGAAUUAGAAAUUUGUUAUUUGGAUAAUUCUAUUAAGGACGAGGUACAACAAUUUUCAUUACAACUACUUCUUCAUCCGUUACAAUUUACUGCUGGAGGUUAUAUUCUUAACAAUAAAUUAUCAAUGUUGUUUUUUAGUACUAUAGCAACUUAUUUGAUCGUAUUAAUACAAAUAAGUUCAACUCCUAAUUUGAUACAAUCCUUGUCCCAUAUUUCAAGUCAUUAAUAGUGUUUAUAAU